AGGUGCCCCGUAUGUGACCUCAGUGUGUUUCUCUUUCGCGCGAAAGAAGAGGUAGUUACCCACAAAACGUACAGCGAAAGACCGUGCAAAACAUUUCAGGCCGUCAUGCCGACCUGUAUACAUUUUAACAUCAAUGUACGCUGUAACGUUUUUUCACUCGCUGAAGCAGCUGCAGUUUAGAUCCUGUCGGGUCUCUGCAGCGGGCGGGGCUGCUCAGUUCUCCCCGCGACUGACGCGCGCACACACACACAAACACACACGGUGGAUGCAGGAAAAAACGGAGAGGAGACGUAUACAGGAGGGCCUGACAGCUAUGGUCGUUAUUGAAAUAUGGUACACCACAGGACGGAGCCACCGGCCAGCCACUGGAUUCUUGGAGGAAAGGCUGUGGAACGUCAGGAAGCGGUUGAGAUCAACAAGCAGGUUGCGGAAAUGUACCAUAUCAGACGAACGAGCUUUACAGCUUAAAGAAUGGUUGAGAAACAAUUCUCAGCCCCUCAGCCAGAUAGAAACCUACAUGGAGAACACGGCAGUCUACAGGGCCAAGUGGAUUAGAGACAACAAUUGGACCAUUGAUGAGAUCCUUGAAGAGUUCCCUCACCUAAUGACCAAAGACAUGCCUGGAAUAAACAUGGUGGAGUACCUCCAUGAGGCCAAGGUAUGCAAACCAUACCCCCACAUCCUGACGCUGGGAAAUGGUCAGAGUGCAUUUCAGGCCUUCGUCAUUAUAGCUGGACAGGCCCUGGAACAAGAAGCACUGCUUCAGGCCAUUGAUGUCUGCUUCAAGGCAUUCUUUGUCUUUGACAUGAAAUACCCAAAGCAGUGUGAAUAUGUGUGGGAAUUCAUACAGACUGUCAUAUAUGAAAUGCCAGGAGGGAAGUCUAAAAUGGUUAAAUUUCUUCAAAACAGAAUACUUGCUUGCAACUAGAGCUAAUAGCUCUUAAUAUGAAUUUGAAUUUGUUUUGCCUGUUGAAUGUUCAGCCAGUUAAUUUGUAAUUGUGGUUUUGCAGUUUAUAUCCUACCUGAGUGAUAUGAACUGCAACAAUUCCACUUAGAGAUGGCCCGAUAGCAUUUUUUGCUUCCCGAUACCGAUUCUGA